UUGCUGUCCUGUAUCCAGCAUGUGUCUGAGCUGUUGGCGGUGGUACGGCUUCCGUUCAUCCAUCCCAGCUACCUGCUGAAUGUGGUGGACAACGAGGAGCUGAUCAAAUCUUCAGAGGCCUGCAGGGACCUGGUGAAUGAAGCCAAGCGCUACCACAUGCUGCCACACGCCCGCCAAGAGAUGCAGACGCCCAGAACUCGCCCGCGACUGUCUGCCGGUGUCGCUGAGGUGAUCGUGCUGGUGGGGGGGCGGCAGGUCAUCGGUAUGAACCAGCGCUCGCUGACAGCCGUCACUUGCUUCAACCCUCAGAACAACAAGUGGUACCCCCUGGCCAGCCUGCCUUUCUACAACCGCGAGUUCUUCUCCGUCAUAUCGGCGGGGGAUAAUAUCUACCUGUCAGGUGGCACUGAGUCUGGAGUCACGCUGGCAGACGUGUGGUGCUACAUGUCCCUGCUGGAUAAUUGGAAUCUGGUGUCACGGAUGACAGUCCCGCGCUGCCGGCACAACAGCGUGGUGUACGACGGCAAGCUUUACACCAUCGGAGGACUCGGAGUGGACGGGAACCUGGAUAAUGUGGAAAGGUACGACACCAUCACUAACCAGUGGGAGAUGGUGGCUCCUUUGCCCAAACCUGUCCAUUCUGCGGCGGCGACUGUGUGUGGAGGGAAGAUCUAUGUGUUUGGAGGAGUGAACGAGGCCGGCCGCUCUGCUGGAGUACUUCAGUCAUAUGUGCCUCAAACCAACGCCUGGAGCUUUAUUGAGUCGCCAAUGAUCGAUAACAAAUACGCUCCUGCUGUGACUCUGAAUGGCUAUAUCUUCAUCCUGGGAGGAGCGUAUGCCAGAGCCACCACCAUCUACGACCCUGAGAAGGGAAACAUCAAAGCAGGACCCAACAUGAACCACUCCAGACAGUUCUGCAGUGCGGUGGUCCUGGAUGGGAAGAUCUAUGUGACCGGUGGCAUCGUGAGCAGCGAGGGUCCAGCGCUGGGAACCAUGGAGGCCUUUGACCCCUGUACAAACGUGUGGACGCUGCAGCAGAGCAUGCCCUGCCCGCUCUUCAGACACGGCUGCGUGGUUAUUAAGAAGUACAUUCAGAGCGGCUGACGCUGACACAGGCCAACACGACUCCACCGUCUCCUGCACACCGGACACCCACUUUCACAACACGGCCAGGAUUAGCAGUGCUGAUCCCGAAGCUGCGCUCACUUUCUGACACCCACUGGGAAUGUAGAAGCUAAUCAUUUCUGCCGGGCGCAAACGGGCCUUCGUGUAAUAUAGCGCACCUGACAGAGCUGUCCUUGAUGUGUGUGUGUGUCGUGGCUCUAGCCUUAAUGCUCUGUGGCCAUUCGGAUUGAACUUUUUUACACAAUACCUUUUUAUCUUCAUUUACAGAGUUCACUAGGUUUUUGCAUUGCCACCGUUUUAAUGUUUGCAUUACUUUCAUUCUUCUUUCUUUGAGCAAUACUGUAAAAUCACAGCGUCUGGUUUCAAUAAUCCAUGUGAUGAUGGUUCACUCAGUCGUAUCGCUUUUUCAUCAUCUCCAUUUGAAAGCACUUUUUUAAUAAUGUAGGGAAGACAAAGUUGUCGAAAAAGCACUGAAACCUCAUGUGAUCGCUCCCAUAAGCUCCACCUUCUUUAGUUACUGUGGCUCACUCAGACAAGCACGUCCCUGCAGAUUUCAGUGCAAUUGUUAGUAAAAUGAAUUUGUGAAGCGGUGAAAUGGAUUGGAUGUUAUUCGUACGUGGGCUGGAAUGAAGCGUGGAUCUUUUAUCUGCCGUUUUGGAUCCGAAACUGAUAAAUUAUGCAGUAACGUGAUUAAAAAUGGCAGAGACUGUGAACAGAGGCUGCCAAAUGCUUCUCGCAGUCACCGAAAAGAGAAAAGCAAUCACGGCUGAUCACAUUAGUGUAAGUGAACACAGCUAGUUACCACCGCAGAUACUAUAUCAUCUGAAUUAAUAUGCACAGAAAAUGACAUGCACUGCAAAAAAUGUUCUUAGUUAGUAUUUUGCCUGGUUUUCUUUAUACAAUCAUCUAAUGAUUUAAAUUCAAGAUCCGUUUACUUUGCCAGGAAAAUGACUAAAGUCUUGUUUUCUGAAAAAAGAAAAAUUAUCUGUCAGUGCAUGGGUCAGAAAAAUAAACGUAAUUAAAAGGGGAAACAAGAUUAUUUUUCUGAUCUCACUGCCAGAUAUUCUUGUUUCAAUCAAAAACUCACUUCAUUUAAUUAAUACUUUUUUUUUUCAGAAAAUUAUUUUAUGCCAUUUUGAAUCUAAUGUAAAUAUUAAGAAUGUUUAGAUAUUUAUACUAGAAAACAAGAAAAAAUAUUAAUAAAUAUGUAUUUAUUUAAUACAUGAAUCUUGUUUUCCAGUUAAAAUAUUUAAAAAUCUUUGAAACCAAAUAAAUUUAUGGGAACACUAUAGAAUAGGUAACACUGACUAUUAACUACGACAUUUCUCUCAAUAAAUUAUUAAUUUGCUGCUUAUUAAAAGUUAGUAGUUGUCAGGUUUACGAAUUGGGCAAUAUUAGAGAUGUAGAGUAAGGUCAAGUAGAACAAGGCAUUAAUAUGUUGCACUAAUACAUGGCUAAUAUUAUAGUAAUAUGCAUGCUAAUAAGCAACUAAUAGGUGUUACCUAUUCUAAAGUGUUACCAAAUUUACUAAAACAACACUGCAUAAGUUAUUAGCACUAGUUUUUUGAUGUUGCAUCUUUAAUACGAGUGUAUUUUGUCUUAAUGCACUGCAUAUGUUUUUAACUUGUUUUAAGUAUAAACAAGUUAAAAACAAAUGGAAAAAUCAGCCAGUGCAGUAAGACAGAAUUCUCCUAUAUUAAAGAAAGAAUCUAUGAAAACCAUAUCUUAUGCAAUACCUUAUGCAGUGUGGCUUCUCAAGUAGACUUGUGACAAGUCAAAAAUAUUAAUUAAAAACCUAAGUUUUUUUUUUUUGCAAUUCUGGCUGACAUCUUACAUGUUAAUUUGGGAAUGAGGGUGACAGUAUAAUUUAUUACACAACCUUUAUUUGAAGAUUUGAAAAAAGCAUUUAAAAUGAUUCAGACACACAGAUCCUCUAUAGGUUUAUGUUAGAAAGGAGCAAGAGCUUGUCUGAUUAUAUGGUACACGGCAACAGUUGCCAAGGUAGGACUGGCGAGGGGUCAAUUAUAAUCAGGCCUGGACAGAAUGUGUUUUUUGGAAGUCAACAUUAAAUCAAAAAUUACCCUGUUUAUUUAUUUAUUUUUCUUAGUGAAUGAUUCACUGUUGCACGUCAUUCUAGAGAAUCAACAAAAUUGGCUUUGUAUCUUUCAUCAAACUGGAAUAACUUGAAACAACCUUUGAAACUACUUUCCCUUUUUAUACUGGAAUUAAUUUUUUUUUUUUUUUUUUUUUUCGAUGCUCUUAUCUUGUUUUUAUAUCUUGAAUUAUGUUUCUAUUUUCCUUUCCCCCGUUGGAAAGCAGUUUUAUCCUGUUUCAAGCAAAAACUUCAUUUUAACUUCAUUUUAGAGAGGUUUAUGCUUAAAACAAGAAAAAACAAAAGCCAACUGGGAAAGAAAAUGAAACUUAAUGCAAGAUAUAUUCAGUGCAAACGAGUCCUGUCCUUCAAACACCUGCCUCUAUUGUACACCAUCCCAUCAAUUUGUGAUAGAUGAAAUCAAGCAUACGUUGACAUUAAAAACUGUGAUGCAGAUUUUGAUUAUAACUCACAUCUGCACAAGUUUAACUUGACAUCUGGUAGGUUUAUUAUAAAAUACUAACCAAACACAGAAGACUAUAAUAAUUUGAGAUGUGUGAAGACCUUGCAUUUACAGGAGUUGAUGCCAUUUAAGACCUGUAAUCGGAGACAUCUUGAACCGGAAUCUGAAUUUAAGCUUGAGCACCUCGAACUGAACUGAAAUGACAUUUGUAGCUAGAAUUUCUUUUCUUUUCUUUGGACCGUUUUACUCUUUUCUUGCACGCAGCCAAAGCACAAAACAUCUGAGACUCUGAAAGAGAACAGGAAGUGUUUGCCUUCAAUUCCUCUGCAUUGCCAAACCACCAAACAUGGACAUGCUGUCCGACAGGGAGCACGAUUCUCUGUACACGAAAGUAACUAAAGUUUAUUUUAGGACCUUUACAUGUCAACAGACUGUUUCUAGACAAAAUGUAUAUACUAUAGUAUGUUGAAGAAAUGUUAUGUACAAAACACAAGCUGUUAUCGUUUGAAUUAAUGAUCAUGUUUCAUCAUUAAUUAGAACAAUAACAUGUAUGCAAAAUACAAUGUACAUU